AAUAUCUUAUCGCGAGAACUGUGCCAUGGUAUAAAUUUCCAAAUCGACGCUACACCUCCUGCUCUUCUUUCUCGUGUCUAAAGUGUGUUCUAGACGAAACAGAGUCACAUUAAAGAUGGCUACAGGCAAUGCAAAAAUCGGACAACUGGCCCCAGACUUCACAGCCAAAGCGGUGAUGCCAGACGGACAGUUCAAAGACCUGAAGCUGUCAGACUACAGAGGGAAAUAUGUUGUAUUUUUCUUCUACCCACUGGACUUCACAUUUGUGUGUCCGACUGAGAUCAUUGCUUUCAGCAAUGCAGCUGACGAAUUCAGGAAGAUCGGCUGUGAGGUCAUUGGUGCUUCUGUUGAUUCACACUUCUCCCAUUUUGCAUGGGUCAACACACCACGUAAGCAGGGUGGGUUGGGCACCAUGAAGAUUCCCCUGGUAUCUGACACACGGCGCACAAUCUCUACAGAUUAUGGCGUCCUGAAGGAGGAUGAGGGCAUUGCCUACAGGGGUCUGUUCAUCAUUGACGACAAGGGCAUCCUGAGACAGAUCACCAUCAAUGACCUCCCAGUUGGACGGUCUGUUGAGGAGACCUUGCGUUUGGUCCAAGCAUUUCAAUUCACUGACGAGCAUGGAGAAGUCUGCCCAGCCGGCUGGAAACCAGGAAGUGACUCCAUCAAACCUGACGUCAAGGAGAGCAAAGAUUAUUUCUCCAAGCAGUAAUAAUCCCAAGGCCAGAGUCUGCGGCCUGCUGUAGGAGAUUUCACUUAGAGAUUACAUGUCCAGAGAAUGAUAGCA